ACGGCUUUCUCUGUUUGUUAACAGACGUUGUCCAUGCUUUCUUGGUGUCUGUCUGUCUCUGUCGCGCACUGUCUCGCUUUCUCUCUCUAAACCAUUCUCUCAUUCUCUCUCUACCUGACUCAAAUUCCCUCGUUUUAUCGUUUUCUCAUCUGACCAGAUUCGCCCCACUUUCCGCCGCGUGAGGCCCUCCGAUGUGCUGACGUCCACAUGGGUCAGUGCUACGGCAAGUCCAAUCUCACGCCGGAAAAUGAGGCUACAGCCGCAGAGGGAGCAACAGUUGGCACCGCUAUCGCGGUGGCUGGAUCCGCUGACGUCCCGCUCUCUCCGCUGCCGGUGAAGGGAACGCCGGCGCGGGCGAGUCCCUGGCCCAGUCCAUACCCACACGGUGGCGGUGUGACGCCGUCCCCGGCCAGAGGCACGCCGAGGAGAUUUUUCCGGCGGUCGUUCGCGCCGCCGUCUCCUGCGAAGCACAUAAGGGCGUCGCUGGCAAAGCGGCUCGGGCACGCGAAGACACCGAAAGAGGGGCCGAUCCCGGAAGAAGAAGCGGCGGGAGCGGUGACGACGGAACAGUCGCUGGAUAAGAGCUUUGGGUAUGGUAAGAAUUUUGGGGCGAAAUAUGAAAUUGGGAAAGAAGUGGGUCGUGGGCAUUUUGGUCAUACUUGUUAUGCUAAGGGGAAGAAGGGCGAACUCAAAGACCAGCCUGUUGCUGUUAAGAUCAUUUCCAAGGCGAAGAUGACAACUGCAAUAGCAAUUGAGGAUGUUCGCAGAGAGGUGAAGAUAUUAAAAGCUCUAUCUGGCCAUCAACAUCUUGUCAAAUAUCAUGAUGCUUUUGAAGAUGCCAACAAUGUGUACAUAGUUAUGGAAUUGUGUGAAGGUGGGGAGCUUCUUGACAGAAUUUUGUCAAGGGGAGGAAAGUAUUCAGAGGAGGAUGCCAAGGUUAUAGUUUUGCAGAUUCUAAGUGUAGUUGCUUUUUGUCAUCUUCAAGGUGUUGUGCACCGUGACCUUAAACCUGAGAAUUUCCUCUUCACUUCGAGAAGUGAAGAUGCUGACAUGAAGCUUAUUGAUUUUGGUCUAUCUGACUUCAUCCGUCCAGAUGAACGGCUGAAUGACAUUGUUGGGAGUGCUUAUUAUGUUGCACCUGAGGUCCUUCACCGGUCAUAUAGUCUGGAAGCCGAUAUAUGGAGUAUUGGUGUUAUUGCCUAUAUCUUAUUAUGUGGAAGUCGACCUUUCUGGGCACGAACAGAAUCUGGAAUUUUUCGUGCAGUGCUUAGAGCUGAUCCUAACUUUGAUGAUUUACCUUGGCCUACUGCCUCUGCAGAAGCCAAGGAUUUCGUGAAACGGCUUCUAAACAAGGACUACAGGAAAAGAAUGACAGCUGUCCAAGCUCUAAGUCAUCCUUGGUUGAGGGAUGACAGCCGACCACUCCCUUUAGAUAUAUUAGUUUAUAAACUAGUGAAGGCUUAUGUUCUUGCAACACCACUCAAACGGGCAGCAGUGAAGGCACUUUCAAAAGCCUUGCCAGAGGAUGAAUUGCCCUACCUUAUGGCACAAUUCAGAUUGUUGGGACCAAACAGAGACGGACUCAUCUCCCUUGACAAUUUCAAAAUGGCUCUUGUACAGAAUGCAACUGAAGCAAUGAGGGAAUCAAGGGUUGUUGAGAUCAUAAAUGCGAUGGAGCCACUUGCCUAUAGAAAUAUGGACUUUGAAGAAUUUUGUGCAGCUGCAAUCAGCACAUAUCAAUUGGAAGCACAUGAAAGGUGGGAAGACAUUGCCUCAGCUGCAUUUGAACACUUUGAGGCAGAAGGCAACCGUCUGAUAUCUGUUGAAGAAUUGGCCAGAGAGUUGAAUCUUGGGCCUUCAGCUUAUUCAACUCUGAAAGACUGGAUAAGAAAUAGUGAUGGAAAGCUUAACUUACUUGGAUAUACAAAAUUUUUGCAUGGUGUGACUGUCCGUAGUUCAAACCCAAGACACAGGUAGUCUUGGAUUGGACCCUUUGACAUAUAGUUUGAAGAUGCGGGAACAAAAGUAGAUCUUAGAGAUUUUUUCUUUUUUUUCUUUUCUCUUUCAUGUUUGAAAAAAAUAGGAUUUGUGUAAAUGAAUGUGUUACAGAAGUCAAUUACAUGUCAAAUGCUUGUUCUUUAGUCCAUUUCGCAAAUGAUAUGGGUCUGGUCCCAUGAAUAUUCAUUAACCUGUGAAUGCCUCAAAAAUAUUACAUAUAGUCAAAAUUAAAGCAAUUUAUAUCCAAAUUGGCCAUUUACUGUCA